UGCAGUCAACACAGCGAACGCUAAACCCAAAAUCACAAACUCAAAACAAAACAAAAACAGAGGGAGUUCCCCUGACGGAAACAGACGAUCCCCCAGUGCCCAGUAUUAUUAUCGUUUCGAUCGCUGGCAGCAACAACAACAAUUGGAUAUUUUUGACCUUAGACAGCAGCAGCGGUGACAUCGACAUCCGAGGUAUUGCUCAUCAAUCGGAGUGUUCCCCCAGCGACAGAGAAAGAGAAGAUAGGCCACACCGAAAAAGCGCUAGAGAAUGAGCUAACUGACCACUGAACUCAGCGAUUCGGUGAUUUUAGCAAGUGAUUAGCAGCGGAAAGAAACGAAACCCGAGGUAAUUCACACCAAAAUGGGCGUUCGUGUUAUAGAAACUGAUUCGGCGAGCGAUUCGUACGACGAUGACGAGUGCUCUAGUUGUAAGAAAGAGCAGAGUAAACCCCCCAAUAAGACCAAGAGGAUUCCCUCGCCGCCGGAAACAACCAUCUAUGCCAGCAAGGAUCUAGUGGGCAACUGCAAAGAGUACCGCAUUGAGAAUAAUUCGCGGGAUCUCAGGAUCAUUGGAAAUGGCAAUAAAAUACGGAUAAUUAAUAACUCCGGAAGCCUGCAAGUCAUUGGCAAUAACACGAGACUUAAGAUCCAAAGCAAUAGUGGAUCCCUUAAGUACACUGGUAAUGAUGGACGUAUCUACCUGGGUAGCAAUUCCACACAGCAAUUCGUGGACUACACUGGGUGCAAUGGAUUACUUAAGGUAGUCAAAUCCCUGGAUCUCAGCGGUGAUGCCCAGAAGAAAAAGGCCAGCUCUCGAACGAAAACUCCCAAGACAACGGAUUCGGAUCAAAGUACAUCCGGUUCCGUUGAGAUCGAUAGCAAUUUCACGAUCAAACACGGAGCUGGAAAUAUUGUGAUCAAGAAUGCAAUCAACGUUAGUAUUUAAAUUGAAAAAUGAAAGGAGCUCUCUAAGUCAUCUUAGCCCAAAGAUUAAUGCACUGUAACUCUUGCCACCGAACUGAACGGUUCCUAUUGACUGCAUAUGUACGUCAUUUAGUCAUAUCUGUGACUUCCGACUGCUACAAAUAUUUACAUUAUAAUACAAUCAACAACAUUCGUAAAGUAUUAAACGCCACGUCGCUAGUCUAGAACAACCAUUAAUAAUCACAAAAAAUAUACAUAUGUAUGUAUAGUCGUAAUAUAAGGCACAAUGAACAAAAGCUUGAACUUCAUUCCAAGAAUGAAUAAUCUGAUUAAACCCAAAUAAAAAUCUAUGCUUAAACUAACUAUAAACAGAAA